CUUUCCUUCUACAACAUGACUCCCAGGGAGUCCCUUCAGUAUGCAGGCAUUCUCUCUUUGCUGCUGCAUUUCGGGUGGACAUGGAUUGGGACAGUCAUUAUGGAUAAUGACAAUGGGGAGCGAUUCCUCCAAAUGGUGGUGCCACUGUUUUCUGAGAGUGGCAUCUGCUUUGCCUUCAUUGAAAAAAUCCCUGAACUUACUGUUGGCUCUGAUAUUAAAGACCUUUUUGUGAAGGGGGCAAAAGUACGUGACAAUAUUGAGGACAGUACAGCCAAUGUAUUGGUGGCCAAUGGAGAAUCUUAUUCCAUGGCACUUUUCAGAUACUUACCGUAUCUAUCAGAACGAGAACAUGUGACGGACACACCAAUUGGUAAAGUAGUGAUUGCAACAGCUCAAGUGGAGCUCACAUCGUUCGUCUAUCAAAGGGAUUGGAACAUGGAUUUUUUCCAUGGUGCGCUUACUUUCACUAUUCAAUCCAAUGAUAUCCCAGGUUUUCGAGAAUUCCUUAAUGCACAAAACCCUUUUAGUCCAAAAGGAGAUGGAUUUAUUAGGUCAUUCUGGCAAAAUGCUUUCAGCUGUGUAUUCCCAGAUCAAUCUCUGGGCAGUUUAGAUCAGAAUAUCUGCACUGGGGAUGAGAAGCUGGAAAGACUUCCUGUGACUUAUUUUGAAAUGCGCUUGACUGGCCACAGCUACAAUGUCUACAAUGCUGCCCAUGCAGUGGCCCAUGCCUUGCAUACCAUGUCAUCAUCUGGUCCAAAGGACAGAGGAAUGGUGACCAGAGGAAGACUGACAUUUCAGAGCCAAGUGCAAUGGCAGCUCCAUCAUUUUCUGAAGGCCGUUUCAUUUAACAACAGUGCUGGGGACAAGGUUUCUUUCAACCAGAAUGGAGAGUUAGUAACUGGAUUUGAUGUGAUCAAUUGGAUUGUGUCCUCAAACCAGUCCUUUCAAAGAGUGAAAGUUGGGAGGAUGGAGGCCCAGGCUGCUCCUGGCCAAGCUUUCACCAUCAGUCCGGAUGCCAUAACGUGGAACAGCUGGUUUAAUCAGACACAGCCUCUAUCCACGUGCAGUGAGAGCUGCAAUCCUGGUUCAAUGAAGAAGAUAAAGGAAGGGGAGCCCUUUUGCUGCUAUGAUUGCAUCCCAUGCCCGAAAGGGAAGAUUUCAGGCAAGAAUGAUAUGCAUUACUGUUAUUCAUGUGAAGAUGGAAAAUACCCAAGCAAGCACCAGGAUUUCUGUAUUCCCAAGUCUGUUAACUUCUUUUCUUAUGAAGAACCUUUGGGUGUCAUUAUAACCUCUUUCGUUAUUAUUUUCUGCUUGAUCACGGCUCUGGUGCUGGGAAUAGUUUGGAAGCAUCACGAGACGCCCAUUGUCAAAGCCAACAACCGUCACCUCACCUAUUCUCUCCUCGUCUCCCUCCUGCUCUGCUUCCUCUGCGCUCUGCUCUUCAUUGGCCAACCUCAACAGGUGACGUGCCUCCUGAGACAAACUGCUUUUGGCCUCAUCUUCUCAGUGGCUGUUUCUUGUGUGCUCACGAAGACAGUCAUGGUGGUUUUGGCCUUCAGAGCCACCAAACCAGGAUGCACAAUGAGGAAGUGGAUGGGAAAGAGACUGGUGAACAUCCUCCUGCUUUCCUGCUGCCUUCUUCAGGCAGCCAUCUGUCUUGCCUGGUUAGCAACUUCUCCUCCUUUUCCAGAUAUUGACAUGCAUUCAGUAGCUGAAGAAAUUGUGCUGGAAUGUAAUGAGGGAUCCAUAACAAUGUUUUAUUGUGUCCUGGGCUAUCUGGGCUUCCUGGCAAUGGUCAGCUUCAUGGUGGCUUUUCUUGCCCGGAAGCUGCCAGACAGUUUCAAUGAGGCCAAGUUCAUCACUUUCAGUGUGUUGGUCUUUUGCAGUGUGUGGUUAUCCUUUGUGCCUUCCUACCUGAGCACCAAAGGGAAAUACUUGGUGACUGUAGAGAUCUUUUCUAUCUUAGCCUCCAGUUCUGGCCUACUGGGUUGCAUCUUUUUCCCCAAAUGCUACAUCAUUUUGCUGAGACCUGAGUUGAACACGAAGGAACAUCUAGUAAGGAAAACAGCUUGA